GAAUAUUAUUGGCUAUCGAGGCAGUGACCUCAUCAUCACGCGACUGUUCACGGCAGCGGCUCCUCAUGAGAAGUGAGCUUCUUUUCGUUCUAUAGUAAGGAUCGAAAUUAACCCUCAUGGCAACAGAAAGUGUGGAGAAGACAAGUGAAGAUGUUCCAGCACCUGGGAAAGUCAGCACCAGGUAUGACCUGGAAAAGGAGACUGAACUCCGAUUUGAGGUUGAGGCAGGGGAGGCAGCAGAGCAACUGGAGCUGGAACUCCUGACAGGAAUGGCUGAGGUUUUUGGCUCAGAGCUGAACCGCAACAAGAAGUACACAUUUGGACCUGGCUCCAAAAUUGCAGUUUUCACCUGGCAAGGUUGCAGUGUGAAUCUUUAUGGGAAGCCAGAGGUGGCUUAUGUGUCCAAGGAUACACCCAUGCUACUCUACCUGAACACACACGCUGCCCUGGAACAGAUGAGAAAACAAGCCGAGCGGGACAAUGAGAGGGGGCCGAGGGUGAUGGUGGUGGGACCUACAGACGUGGGGAAGUCGACAGUCUGCCGGCUGCUUCUCAGCUAUGCAGUGAGGGUUGGCAGGCGGCCAACACUGGUGGAGCUGGAUGUGGGACAGAGUGGGGUGUCUGUACCUGGAACAGUGUCAGCGCUGUGCAUCGAGCGUCCUGCAGACGUAGAGGAGGGUUUCUCAGUCCAGGCUCCUUUGGUCUACCACUUUGGCUCAACCACUCCAGGGACCAACAUCAAACUUUACAACAAGCUGACGUCAUGCCUGGCCGAGGUGUUUUCUCAGCGCUGCGAAGUGAACAGGAAGGCCAGUGUGGGAGGCUGUAUCAUCAACACCUGUGGCUGGGUGAAGGGCUCUGGAUACCAGGCUCUGGUCCACUGUGCUUCAACCUUUCAGGUGGAUGUGGUGCUGGUGUUGGACCAUGAGAGGCUCUACAAUGAACUCAAGCGAGACCUCCCUCACUUUGUGCGGGUUGUGCUCCUGCCCAAAUCCGGGGGAGUGGUGGAACGCUCCAAGGAGUGCCGGCGGGAAGCUCGGGAUGAGAAAAUCCGCGAGUAUUUCUAUGGCUUCCGGGGGGUGACCUUCUACCCUUUUUCUUUUGAAGUGCGUUUCUCAGACGUCCGCAUCUACAAGAUCGGGGCACCGUCCAUCCCAGACUCGUGCUUGCCACUGGGAAUGUCUCAGGAUGACACGCAGCUGAAACUGGUGCCAGUGACUCCAGGCAGAGAUCUCACCUAUCAUGUGCUGAGCGUGAGCAGUGCCGAGGAUGGAGAGGAAGGUGCUAGAAAGGGUAUAGUGGAGAGUCCAGUCUGUGGUUUUAUUGUGGUAACUUAUGUAGACACUCAGGCCCAGGUGAUGAAAGUUCUGUCUCCAGCACCCAGGCCACUGCCCAGACAUACUCUGCUCAUCAUGGACAUCCGCUUCAUGGAUAUGAAAUGAGGCAAAACCUUGGGGAUGAGGACUCGGGAAGAAUCAUUUUUGGGAGAAGUUCUGUUGGAUUUUGUUUUCAGAUGUUCUUCCCUGUAAAUACUACACAGAUUUUUUUUAACAUUGAAAGCGGUAACAGUGUAAUUUAUACCCCAUUCAAAAGAUCAUACUGUGUAGAUGUCUGUGGCAUGGGA